UGUUCAGCACUUUCUAAACUCAACGCAGAAGUUGCCUGCAUUGCAGUCCAUGACGAAAACAUCUUCGUUGUUGGGACGGAGAAGGGGAAGCUCUUCCUGAACGCGAGGAAAGAGGUCCAGGCGGACUUCAAGAAAUUCUGCAAAGUCCAUCAGAGGAAAGAGCAAGAGCUAGACGGCCAGAAGAAGGCAAAAGACUUUGGCCGGAGUAUUCCACGGAUCUCCCCCGAUCAAGGAUCAGAUGUUUACCUCCUCAGGAAGAUGGUGGAAGAAGUCUUCGACGUGCUUUAUAGUGAGGCCUUGGGAAAGAGUACUGUGGUUCCACUGCCGUACGAGAAGUUCUUGAAAGAGCCCAGCAUGCUGACGGUUUCUGGGUUGCCCGAUGGACUCAUCUUCAGAAAACCCACCGAGUACGAUGCAAAGUCUCUGAUGGCUAUUUUAGAACAUAGCCACAAUAUGCGCUUCAGGCUAAGAAGGACGCCCGAAGACUCCACCAGGGAGCCCAACUCUUGUGUCGAGGUGAACUCUGGUGCCCUGGCAUCCAAAGGGAACCGAGAGCCUGGCCUUAACAACGUGCAUGUUAAAACAGCCAAUCACGAUGCGCUUUCUGGAGUUCCUGCCAACAGUUUCCCGUACGGUGUUCCACUGCCCACACAGAUCGCCAUGGAGAUCAAGCAAGAGGGUCCGCCUGGUCGGCAUGGGGUGAACGCAGUCGGCGAGAUGCUGCGGCCCCGGCCGGCGGGAGACACGAAGGUGCCUUCGCCGCAGGAGUUCGGGGACUGCUGCGGACAGAAAUCCACCCUCCCAGGCGGCCCACUGAUCCAGAAUGUCCACUCCUCAAAACGCAUCCUUUUCUCAAUAGUCCAUGACAAAUCAGACAAAUGGGACAGCUUUAUAAAAGAAACCGAAGAUAUCAACACCCUGAGAGAAUGUGUGCAAAUUCUGUUUAACAGCAGAUAUGCUGAAGCCUUGGGACUCGAUCACAUGGUCCCUGUCCCAUACCGGAAAAUUGCUUGUGACCCGGAAGCAGUAGAAAUCAUUGGGAUUCCAGACAAAAUCCCGUUCAAACGGCCCUGCACGUACGGCGUUCCAAAGCUGAAACGAAUCCUGGAGGAACGGCACCACAUCCAUUUCGUGAUCAAAAGGAUGUUUGAUGAGCGCAUUUUUACAGGAAGUAAAUUUACCAAAGAUUCAACAAAGAUUGAGCCAUCUAGUCCCUCCGGGGAAAUAUCUCCUGAACCACACAGAAUGGCUUUUCUUGAUUUAGCAGGGACUUCGCAGACGAACCACAGGUAAGCUAAUUCCAUCCUAUAAAUUUCUUGACCUUGUAGUAUGGCUAGUUACCUUUGGACCACCUGCCCAUCUUUAUGUAUGCUAUUUUUAUAUGUGUAUCCCACUUUUUUC